AUGAUUUUUAUGUCAAAUUCAUAUUAUGGAAAUGAAACUGCUGGAAUCAUUGCUUAUUCGAACUGGAAAGGUAAAAAAUUGAAGGAACCACCGGAGAACCUGUGCAUUUUUAUGAAAAACAUCGGAUUUCAAGAAAUCUGUUGGGGUAUUACUGGAUGUUUUACUCAAAAAUCGAAGGAAAAGGAAGAAGCUGGGUAAGAUUUUUCUGUGAACCUUUGAAACAUAGCUGGAAAACUGUUUAGACACCCAGAAAGCCCUCAGAAAUCUAUAUAAACAGAAAUGGAGUUAGCAGAACUCAACAAUACAUGAAAAAUUCAAAUUUUCUGAUUUUCAGCUCCAAAUAUUGAUGGAAAAUUGGAUUUCAAUGUCAAUAACAUGAAAAACGUGAAGGAUUUUGGAUUUAUCAAGGACUUUGAUUGGAAUUUUUAUGAUUUUUGCGUGAUUUGAGAAAUAGAAGCGAUUGGUGAGUUUUUUUGGGGAGGGAUUUUGGUAAAAUUGAGAAAAAUAUGAAAAUUAUGAAAAAAAAAUUCUUUAAAAAUUGAAAAAAAGUUACGCUAACUCGUCAAAAUCUGGGCACAAAAUUAGCUCAAAAUUUGUGGUGCUCUAAAAAUCUUGAUUUUGAAAAUAUUAGUCUGUAAUUUUCAAUUUAUUUUUCAAUUUAUUUUUAUUUUUAUUUUAUUUUAAUUGUUUUCAUUGGAACAUUGCUCAUCUCAAUCUCUCUUCUCUUUUUUCACACCCCAUUGCUCAUCCGAGAAACUUUUCUUCAUUCCAAUUUCUUCAACCGAUUCCGCAAAAAGAUCAAAAACUACAGUAUCUCCAGAUAAUAUAUGUAAAAAGGUCAUGCGAGAUUAGAAAUUAACAAGUUUUUUCAUCCCCGGUUCAAAUCAAUGAUGUCACAAAACCCUUUCCCGUGGAAAACAAAAAAGAUAAUAAAUGUUAGCCGGCUAGGUUUCGGGAAAUUGAAAGUGAUAAAGGGGUUAGCUCAAAAAACAGGAUCUAUGAAAAAUUUGCCGAGAUUCGGUAGACGAAAAAAAGCGAGUGAAGUGUUUUUGAAACAAUUUUCAUUUUCCUUUAGCCAAAAAGUAGAUCAUCAAACAGCAGGACAUCUAAUCUGAUUUUCAUUUUCAAUUUCAAAACUAAUGUAAAAAAAGGUGACAUACUUACACGAAUUUGCUACUAGAAAGAAAUACAGAAAAAAACAGGCAAUUAUUAUAUAAUAAUAAAUUAUUCCACUAAUAAUAAUAAUACAAACAAAAUCUGGUUUUUAAAGGAUUUUUGGCGCCGAAAAGAAGAAAUUGGCAAUUUUUGAAGAGAUUUUUAUCUAUUUCAAAUAAUUUUUGAAAAUUUACAUUACUCCCCGGAUUACUUAAAUUAUAGUAGUGACAAAUUUCAAAAAUCUACAGUAAUAUCAGACUACUGUAGGAAAAUUCUAUUAAAAAAAUUCUUGAGACGAUUUAAUGAAUGAAUUUGAUCUACAAUUUCAAAACUGUUCCAAAAAUCACAAAAAAUUUGCUUAAAAUGAUCUACAAAAUAUUUAAACUACAGUAAUAUUAGACUACUGUAAAGACAUCUAAAAAAUCUUGGCACGAUUCUGAAGUCCCUCCAAAUACAGUACCAAUGGAUUCACAAAAUAAAUUUAAUCUACAAAAUUCAAAAUUCCCUACAGUACCACUAUUCCAAAAAUCACAGGAAAAAUCCAAGAGAUCGAAAAAAAUAAAUCGGAUAGAAAAUAAACCAUCUUUUCUUUUUUGGCCGCUGCCAACAGGUCGUGCCAGGAUUUCUUCUUCUCCCCUCCUCUUUCGCCUUCUUUUCCCUUUUUUUGGUCAUUCAUAUCAAGUUUUGGGUUUUCGCCUUGCCUUUUUCUCAUUUUCUUCUAUUUUAUAUUCAUUCCACAAAAUGAUUGGACGACUAGUUUUUUUUCGGAUUCGAUUGGAUUCGAUUUGGAUUUACGAAGAGAAAAAACGAGAAAAAGAGAAAUUAUGACGCGAUCAGCCAAAUUUAGGAUUUCAUUUUUAAAAAUGGCCAAUGGUCUUCAAUUUAAAAAAAUAUGACAAAAAGUUUGCCUCAAAGCGGGAUCGAACCCAUGACCUAAAGAUUGAAAGGCGUGCGUGUUAACCACUCGGCUACGUGCUCUCAUUUUUGCUUUUCGCAAUUUUUGAAAAAGAUUUCGAGUUUUUAGUACUUUUGUUGAACUUUUUGUAGUUCAUAAUAUGAAUUAUCGAAAAAUAAUGUUGCUUUCCACAUUUUGUGUACAUUUCUGCUUGAAAAUGAAAAUUAGUCAACAUCAGAACAUGUAUAAAAUAGAGUCAUAAUUAGAGAAUGUCAAAAACUUGGGCAAACUCUGUCUUCCACAAUGAAUUUAUCGGUAAACCCAUGUGACGAUUUUUAUGAAUUUGUGUGUGGAGCUGCGAAUUAUCCUACGGGUAAUUAUUGGUCCGAAGUUUUCGGAAAGGAUUUAAGAGAACUUGUCGAGGUUAUGCAAAACUAUAAGCCUGAGACGAGCAAUCAAAAAGUGGCUGUUGAAGUUUUCAAAAAAUGUGUGGAUGAUAAGAAUGGAGAUCUUGAUAAAUUUAUGGCCGAUUUUUGGAAUGAUGAAAAGAAUGAUCUGACAACUUUACUCAUUGAGGCAACGAAAUUGAACUUGGCGCAUAAUGGUUUGUUUAAAUUUCUUCUUUAUCCAGUGGAAGUUAAUGGAAUUCGAAGAACGCAAAUUUUCAUAUAUUUGAAAGAGGUACUUGAAAUUGAACUCUGUUAAUCAAAAUUAAUUUUUUAAGUUCAAUGGCGAUGUUAUCACAUUUGAAGAAGCUGAAAGAUUGAUAAAAUUCAUGAACUUGACUGAAUUUGCCUAUCAACUUCUUCCUCAAGAAUAUAGAAGACAUGGAGCGUUGAAUGAAGUUAUUUCGGUUCAUAGAAGUGUGUUGGGACUCGAAGAAAAAAUUAGAAUCCGAGGAAUUGGUGAAAUUCGAAAAGAUCUUCAUGAAGCGUGGAAGAACGAGUUGAAUGCUCAUUUUGAACCAAGCCACAAAUCAGCAAAAUGUCUUUUGAAAGCCCUGAAAGUGUUUCCAGCGACUUUUGGAAUGAUUUUGAUUAAUAAAUCACAUUUCAUCCACAAAAAUAUCGAGAAAGCUGACGAGGUUUUUGAGAAAAUUCGAACUAUUGCUGGAGAAAUAAUUUCUGAAAACGAAUGGAUUGAGGAGCCAAUUAAAGAAAUGAUGUUUGAAAAAUUGGAAAAAGUCAAGAAAUUUAUUGGCAUACCAGAGGUUCAUCAAAACCAAACAGCUCUUGAUUUCAUGUAUAAUCGAGUUUCAGCCAAAAAAAGUUUGGAAGAUCAAUCAUAUCUUGAAUUGCUUCGAAAUGUGAUGCAUAUGAAUAUCGAGGAGAGUUUCUUGAGGUGGCUGCAUUUUGAACCAAUCACAUACACCAAUUCUCCAUUCAGGCAAAAUGCUAAUUACAAUAUAUUGUCGCACGGGAUAAGUGAGUUGAAUAAUGUUUAGUUCACUGUAUUUUUUCUUGCCAGUUCUGAGAGACGCAGACUUUAACGUGGGCAGACAAAUCUCUCGCCGAAAAGGGGAGAGAAAUAGUGUGCACGUCGACCCACUAAAGAACAAACUGCUGCAAUGGGUGUGAGACUGAAUGCAUCAAAAUGCAAGAAAACUACUGAACCAUUUCAAAAACUGAUUACAUAUUCGUGAUCAGCAUGCUAAAAUCUAUGGAAAUAAGGAGUUUCAUGAAUUCUAGUCGAGGUUUUUUCUCGUAGCACUUUGCGGAAAACCCGAGAAACCGUACACCCAUUGCAGCAGUUGGGUCGACGUGUGUGUGGCAGACACACAUCGUGUCGAGACCAGCCUCUUUCUCUCUCUGUCUGCGUCUCCUCGGAAUUGCAUUUUUCUAUUAGAAAAAAACACAGUGAGUUUCGAAACUAAAAGUAUUUGUCUUCAGCUGUCAGCACAUUUUUCCUCAAAUACCCUUUCAUUGAUGUAAAUCUUCCUGAAUGGUCCGAAAUUGCAUCGCAUGCUUUUGUUGUGGCUCAUGAAGUUUCACACAUGUUUGGUCCGGUGUUCAACUAUAUCGAUGCACAUUUUAACUCUGUUAAUUUCACACACGCUUUUGAAACAACUUAUAAUACAUCGAGGGAUUGUUUGAUUGAACAGUAUGGAACUUUUAAAUAUCCUGGAUUUGAUGUUUAUGUGAGUUAAAUUUUAGAUAAGUUCCAAAUCGCCCUCCCUCUUUACAGCUUAAUGGAUCGAACACUGUUCGUGAAAACUUUGCGGAUAUUCUCGCCUCGAAAAUCAUCUAUCGACUUUUCGAAGAAUACAAAGCCACAGAGAAGAAUCCCCAACUUCUUCCAUCUCUUUCUGAUUACAAUUUGGAGCAACAAUUUUUCAUGAGAGCUGCUCAAACUUGGUGUGAAAAUGAGCUGAAUGAGGAGGCGAUUCGGAUAUACGAAAAGGAUACACAUAGUGCGGGAAUGUUUCGGGUGCGUGGAAUGACUAUGAAUUCACAGCGUUUUGCGGAAGCUUUUGGUUGUCCCGUGGGAAGUCCAAUGAACCCACAGGAUAAAUGCGAGAUUUUCUAA